GGAGCUUGAACACAGCAGGAUUCAAUGCAUUAUGCAUGGAUCAGCCCUCUGGAAUUGCACAUGCACAUAAGUUAUGCCUGUAGGAAAACAGUCAUUUAAAACCUCCUUCUUCCCCACCCCUUGGAGCUGACUUGCGUUAAAUAUUAACAAACUUGGUUCAUCAAUUCCCUGGUUCAUUUGGCUUCUUUUAACAACAGAUGUUAUUACAACAACUCCUCUCCCAGCACCGGCCGAUGGUGAAACCCAAGAGUCUGGUGCUGUAACUCUGCCCGGAGAGCCUGGUUGCUGCCCCGGCUGUGCGGUUUCCCCCUCUCUGCCUGGGAUCACCAAUGCUACUUGCCUUUGGCUUCUGCAAGUAGCUCGUGCUGUGAGCCGCUAGUUGCAGAGAGGCGUUGGUUAAAGGAGACGCAGAAAAGGAGUGAGGGAGCCCACAGGAAGGCGAGUUCCUGCUGUCGGAGGAGGAGGAGGAGGAGGAAGCGGUGAGCAUGGCCAGCGGCUCCAGUGCGCUGCCCCGGGUGACUUUCCAGACACCAGAGAAACCUGGUGAGGAGUCUUCACACAGAAAACUGGGCAAAUUAACCAUAAAGUACAACCGUAAAGACCUACAGCGAUGGCUAGACCUGGAGGAAUGGAUCAACACCCAGCUGCAGGAGCUGUACCAAUGCCGGCUAAGAGAGGAAACAGAGGCAGCAGCUCCUGAACCACAAAUUGAUCUCGAAGAUCUCCUGGAGGUCCCUAAUGAAGAACAAAAAUUAAAACUACAGGAAAUCCUCCAUGAGUGCUCCAGCCCGACAGAGGACUUCAUUACAGAACUGCUUAGUCGAUUGAAAGGCCUCCGGAGAGUCACCAAUCCUCAGAAGAAAUGACCUUGCCCACAUGGAACACCCAGCUUUGGUUACAAGGAAACGUCUGUUUUCCCCACAAAAACCAGGAUCAGCAACAUCACUUCAGAAUAUGUUUAGAACUUACUGUUAUUGAGAAACAUCACCAAGUUUGUGAACUUUGUACCAGUGGUUUGAAGUCUCCACUCCUUCCAGAUCUACGCACACAGCAGGGAGCUAAACUGUACAUUUUCCUGAUUCUUAAAGGGCAUGUUAACCUGGGGAACAGAACAAGAUGUCCCUCCUUUAGUUUCUCCUAGGAACUUCCAUACUGGCUGAGGAGCACUGAAUACAGUUCUCAGGAGCUCAUGAAGACUUCUUUCCGCCCACUGCAAAGAAAACAAGGCAUUGGUUAUCACUCAUUCAUCACCAUGGAAAAUCAGUUACUGUUAAGCUGCACCCUGUUUCAGUCUGGCUGGGACCCAGCUGUGAUCUCCUGCCUGUUACUGCUGUACCUGACUUUACAGCAUUGCACAUACUUUGUAAGUUAUUAAGCCUCUGUUAUUCAUGAAAGUUGGACAGAAAAUACACAGUAGGAUGGAAGAAAAAUGUUUAGGUGCACCUGGUCUACUUAAGGGGAAGUUAGUGAAACAGCUGCUAAGGCUAAUGGAAGAGAGAUUGAUUUUCCUUUUUGUGGAAUUUAGCAUCUUCUGAAGGACUAAGGGCUGGGAACGAUUUUUCUCAUAAUUUAAAAAGAUGUUGGGAAAAUGCUUCUUUUGUAUAUUAAAACAGAGAAAACCAGC